GCACGGCCACCACCAAUCCAGCAGUGCCCCCACCCCGGUGCCACCUGUUGGUCCCUGGUGGGUCCCUGUGUCCCCUCCCCGGGGGAAGGUGACGCCGGCGGGGCCGGGGUGCUGCAGUCUUUCAGGGAGGAGCUGGAGAGCCUCAUCCAGGAGCAGAUGAAGAAGGGGAACAACUCGUCUCACAUCUGGGCCCUGCGGCAGAUCGCCGACUUCAUGGCCACCACGUCCCCCGCUGUCCUCCCCACCUCCCCCAUGGGGCUGGUGGCCGUCACCCCCAUCAACGACCUGCACGGCCCCGAGGUGCCGGCGCUGGCCAAGGGGGAGCGGCUGGGUGAGGGGACAAUCCUGGUGCUGCGCAACCACGGGGUGCUGGCGCUGGGCGACACGGCCGAGGAGGCUUUCUACAGCAUCUUCCACCUGCAGGCGGCCUGCGAGAUCCAGCGCCAAAAACCCCUCGGCCCCACCUGCAAGAUCCUGGUGCUGCGCAACCACGGGGUGCUGGCGCUGGGCGACACGGCCGAGGAGGCUCUCUACAGCAUCUUCCACCUGCAGGCGGCCUGCGAGAUCCAGGUGUCGGCGCUGGCGAGCGCGGGCGGCGUGGAGAACCUGAUCGUGCUGGAGCGCGCCAAGCACCGGCCCCACGAGGUGGGCUCCGUGCGCUGGGCCGGCAGCACCUUCGGGCCCAUGCAGAAGAGUCGCUUGGGCGAGCACGAAUUUGAAGCCCUGAUGAGGAUGCUGGACAACCUGGGCUACCGCACGGGCUACACCUACCGCUACCCCUUCGUGCAGGAGAAGAGCAAGCCCAAAAGCGACGUGCUGAUCCCCGCUACGGUGACGGCCUUCGUCUUCCGAGAGGAGGCCGACCCCUGGCUGAAAGCGGACGAGGUGGAAAAAGGCAGCAGCGGGACCCCCAUCCGAAUUGAGAACCCCAACCAGUUUGUGCCCCUCUACACAGACCCACAGGAGGUGCUGGAGAUGAGGAACAAGAUCCGGGAGCAAAACCGCCAGGACUGUCCCGGGGGGGGGUUUCAGUCCAGAGAGAGCCAUUUGGGGGAUGCGGAGGCCAAAGAGACCUCCCGAGAGGAGGCACCCCCUGAGCCGGAGCCCCCGAACCCCUUCAGCCAGCUCACCGACCAGGAGCUGGAGGAGUACAAGCAGGAGGUGGAGAGGAAAAAGCUGGGGCUGCAGGGUCCCAGUGUGCUCCGUCUGCAGGGGCCAAAUCCUGCUCCUGCCCAGGUCAAACCGGCAAGUGGGGGGAGAUUUAAACCUCCCACAGUGCCGGGCACUGCUGCCCCGAGUCUCACCUCUCCCCUUUCCCCUUGCCAAGGUGAGAAGAAGGCGGACGGCGGCCAAGCGCCAGCCGAUUCCACCGCCGAGAAGGAGCCGCCGGCGGUGGUGAACGGGAAGGAUGAGGAGCAAAGCACCGAGGAAAGCCUGGGCAAAGGCGGGGGGAGGACGACCUCCCCCGCCAACGCUGACACAGAUGCCCCCAAGGAGAAGGAGACGGUGACCAGCAGCCCCGUCUCCCCCGCAGGUUCACCCUCCAAAUCACCCUCAAAGAAGAAGAAGAAAUUCCGGACCCCAUCUUUCCUGAAAAAAGGCAAAAAGAAGGAAAAGAUUGAAUCUUGAGUCUCCUCCGAGGCCUCCCACCGCAGCAGCGGCUGGGCACCUCUCUGGGCGGAGGCACCGAGGCGGAGGGGACGGCUCCUGCGUCGUGCGUCUGGCCGAGGCGCAGCCGAAAACCCCGGAGGCGAGUUGUUUUCUGGGUACUCCUGGCACGAGGCACUUCGUCCACCGUCACCCGCUUUUGGAGGUGGUCACCGAGCUUACAAAAGAUUGUGGCCCCCGUUUGCUGCUUGGGGAAAUACCUGCUGCGACCUCCCUCCUCCCACGAGCUCUCCCUUCUCCCUCCCGGGCACCAGCCCCUUCCCACGUGUGGGCUGAGGGUUGUUUGGUUUGGGUUUUUUUUUCCCCACCCAUCGCUUGCAGAGCCCUUGUGAAAUGCGGGGCGCAGCCCGGAUCCGCUUGGUUUGAGGAUGAAAAGGGUGUUUUGUUGUUGGGGUGUUUUUGGUUUUUGUUUUUGUUUUUUUUUUUUUUACCUUCUGUUUCAAGCUCCGCUGGAAUGGCGCUGGCUUUUCACCCCUGGGACAAAACUCUUCGCCGCUUCACCGGGGGAAUCGGAUCAAGCCAAAGGCCGGGGGAUUGCUCUCCCCAAAGGCAAGGCCAAGGCGCUGGGCCUGGGAGCCUUUCCUUCCCGGGUCGAAAUCUUCCUCUCCCCGGGCCGGAGAGCCACUUUCAGUCCCCUUUUCCUGGUGCCAUCAUCUCGUGUAUUUGCCGUACGAGGAAGAGCAGCAGGAUUUCACGCUGCCAGGAAAAGCCCCUGCACGAACCGCACCUGUGAAGGGAGAAGGAAAGAGCCUCCAGGAAGUGUCUGCGUUUAUUUAAAACUGAGCAAAACUUCACUCACUAAGUGCUACUUGGGGAUGAACACACGCUGCCGAUUUUUCGCUUCAGUCAGAGGCGCUGCUGCCGCUGCCACCACCCCCAUCCCCACCACCGCUUCACAGCGACACCGGCACACACGGCCGAGGCUGUGCCAGGGCUCCGCUUGUACCAGCCGUGGGCUGAGCGAGCGCCCGUCCACCCAGCCAAGGCCAGAUCAUCGCUUUGCCCCAGCUCUGGACUCCCGAGCACAAAUUAAAAUCCUCCUUGGCGUUUCCUUCCCACCCAGCCUCGCCUCCCUGCCUCCAGCAAGGCGACACGACCAUCGUUACCACCUCCUGGCCGUGCCCCAAGGCAAGAAGAAAACCAGUGAUGCCCGUUUGCCCCGCGGCUGCUCCAACGCUGGUGUUCAGGGGACAAAAACAACAGGAUCAGCCCCCAGCCCUCCCGCAAGCCACAGGGGUUUGCCGUCUCCCAGGGGUGCUCGCCCCAAGCCUGCCUGCGUGGGGACGGGGCGCCCCCGCCCCCGCCCCUUUCCGGGUCCCGUCCCCGAGGGGGCUUGGGCUGUAGAGGGGAGCCCCACAAUCCCCCCUCAGAGGGCACUGGGUUUCCUCCCCCCCAACAUCAUUUUUCCAUGUGCCACCUCAACAUUUUCAAAGUCUUUUCGCUGCUACAAGGCAGCUCCCAGCUUUUGUUUUCCCCUACAGAAGAGCAGAGAAAGCCUGUGGCUAGGCAGGGAGCGGGGUGCAGGCAGCUGUGGGGAAAAGGGAGGAGGUUUGUAAACACAGGU